AUGGAUACAAUCAAUGAACAAACAAAUGAAAAUGGAAUCAAUGAAGGACGGAAUAAGACGAGUUCUCUCGAGGAAUUCUACGCCGGAAGUGGGAUCCUUGUGACUGGAGCAACUGGUUUCGUUGGAAAAGGUCUCCUGGAAAAACUUAUCCGCAUGUGUCCACGCAUCGCUGCCAUUUUUAUACUACUUCGUCCAAAAGCUAACGAAACGAUGGAACAACGAUUUAAGAAGCUCAUAGAUGAUCCAAUUUACGAUGACAUCAAAGCAAAAAAUCCCUCAGUUUUCCAUAAAGUUUACCCAGUUAAAAGUGACAUGAGUCUGUCGGAUUUAGGUCUCUCGCGAGAAGAUAGAAAUCUGUUGUUAGAGAAAGUAAACAUAGUGUUUCACGUCGCGGCCACUGUGAGAUUCAACGAAUCGUUACACGUGGCUGUUAAUGUGAAUACGAAGGGUACUCUUCGUGUCAUUGAGCUUUGGAACGAACUAAAGCAUCCGAUUAGCUUCGUUCACGUCAGCACAGCUUUUAGUAAUGCGAAUCUACCCGAGAUUGGCGAAAAAGUUUAUACCACGAGCUUGAAACCUUCGGAAGUAAUAAAUAUGUGUGACAAUUUCGACAAAAGGUCGAUCAACGAAAUAGAAAAAAAGAUUUUAAAAACUUAUCCAAACACAUACACAUUCAGUAAGAAUUUAGCAGAGCAAAUUGUAGCAACCAAGUGCAAAGAUAUGCCAGUUGCGAUAGUUCGGCCAAGCGUAAUUGGUGCCUCGAUAGAAGAACCAUGUCCGGGUUGGAUAGAGAAUAUUUCUGCAGUUACAGGUACCUUUCUGCUAAUCGGCAAAGGAUAUGCAACAGCGGUACGGGGUAGGAGAGAUACAAACUUGGAUGUGGUGCCUGUCGAUUUCGUAGUCGACACGAUAAUAUGUAUUGCAUGGCAUGUCACGCUGCAUCGUGAUCACGAAGUUAAAGUAUACAACUGCACGAGUAACGCAUACCCUUUUAAGUUUGGUCCGAUGAUAGAUGCUAUGGUAAAAUGUAGCAUAGAUACCCCACUGAACGAUACGCUAUGGUACCCAGGUUGUUCAGUCGUAGCUAAUAAAUAUAUUUACAACAUUCUGAGUGUAAUUCCGCGUGUUUUCCUUGCGUUCGUUAUAGAUAUAUUUCUAAGACUCCGAGGUAGUAAACCAAUAAUGAUGAAACUUCUCAGAAAUAGCAAUAAGCUGUUCGCAUCAUUUGCAUUUUUCACCACACGCGAAUGGACGUUCCAAAGGGAUAACUGUUCCGACUUGGCGAGGAAAGUGAAAAUGUUACACGACAGCGAUAUGGUCAAACUAGAUUUACGGGACAUGAAUUGGAAGAGGUAUGGUGACACUUACCAGAUGGGAAUUAAGAAAUUUAUUCUGAAAGAAGAGUUUAAGUCAACAGCCCGACAACGAUUAUCAAGGUUAUACUGGAUACAUCAGAUCACCAAAAUAUCCGGUAUAAUUACUUUGCUAUGGAUAAUAUUACGUCUUGUAUACCGAUAA